CCCUUGGGUACAGUUUUGCCCCCCCCCCCUCUCCCGGGCCAUGACAUUGCGGCCGCUGUACUCCCCCAGUCUCUUUAGGAGAAGGGAUCGAGGUUCAGGAGCUGCCGCGGUGCCGAUAGACAACAAGAUUGAGCAGGCAAUGGACCUGGUGAAGAUCCACCUGAUGGUUGCUGUGCGUGAGGAGGUGGAGGUCCUGAAGGAGCAGAUUAAAGACCUCGUAGAGAAAAACUCACAGCUGGAACAGGAGAAUUCUUUGCUAAAACAGCUGUUCAGCUCUGAGUCCUGCACCCAAUCCCUGGCCAGCCCAGUCGUGACACCCAGUGUGAAGGGAAUAGAUCACACGCUCCAUCUGCAGAGGGACACUGCCCCGUCGCACCAGCUGCAAAAAUAUCAGUGAGACAUCCUGAUGGUGACAGUGAGGAUACCCUGAACAGGGAGGCCAUCAGGUCAAUGAUUGUGUCUCAAGAGUGAGACGCUCCACAGGACCACAAGCUCAAAGAUGAAGAAGGCCCUUCAGCCAAAAUGAUCUCAUCUCGAACCUUCAGAAGCCCCGCCCUCCCCACCACUGUCCCGCCCUUCCCCAUCGC